AGACUUUUCAGCAGCCUGCCUCUGCGUCCCUCUCAUCUCUCUCUGCUGGCUGAUUUCUCUCUUCCAUCAUCACUGCUCCACUGCCUCCCCUCCCUUGCCUCCACCUCCACUCUCCCAGUGUCUCAGCUCCGUUGCCUCGCCUCUCUGCUUUUACUGCCUCGAGGGAGCCGGUCAUGAACACCAAGCCCUCGCUGGACGGGAGCGCUGACGUCCUGAAGAACAGGGAGGCUCAGGAGAUCCCCCCUCUGAGGAACUACCUCUGUCUCACCAUGUUCACCUGUUUCUGCCCUGCAUGGCCCAUCAAUAUUGUGGCGCUGGUUUUCUCUGUGUUGGCCCAAAAGAGCUACGAUGAAGAGGACUAUGACGGCUCCAAGCGGCUGGGUCGGAAAGCUCUCCACCUAGGGAUUGUUUCUUUUAUCAUUGGCCUUGUGAGCAUCACUGCGUACACCGUUGUGCACUUUACUACGCAUGUGGUUUGACCUCUUGAGGAGGAAGAGGAGGUGGAAGUAGAGAAGAGGUGUCACGGAGAUAUCCGCUCCAUGGGAUGCAGAAGGAGCUCUGCUUUGCUUCAGCAGCUCUGGAGGUUUUGCAAGAGUUGGCAGUCUCACUUUACUGCUGAAUACUUCUUGGUUUCAGCUGUUGUGUAAAUGAUAUUGCAAUAAAACUUUUGACAGUUAUGCAUAUGUCUCUAUGAAAGAGGCCCCUACCAGUACUUUCACUGAUGAAACAUGGGGCUUUUUUGUAACUAAAGGCCUAUAAUGGACUGUUUGACAACAUCCUUUAUAUCUUAAUGUUUACUGUAGCUAUUGAUAACUGAGAACUGAUAAAAUGUGAUUUAACAUUGGCAAUUGCAAGCAGAGAAAUAUCUUUGAAAUAUUACUCUGUUUUAUUGUACAUGUUGUGGCCAUAAAAAUGUAAAAUAAAAAGUUUUACU